AAAAAGCAGAUGCAUUCGGACGGGGAUGGAAUUGACCACAGAAAGAAAAUAUCAUUCAAAUAGGCAGCUUCAUGUCCCAGACGUCACUCCAUCGCCGCUGCCAUGACGCGAGACUCUGAGUUCAUCUGACAUCAUCUCUGGACCAUCUUCCCAACCAUAAAACACGCCUUCGCCCGAAUCCACCCACAGCCCUCUCCAAAGGUCGCAUCUCCACUUUUAAGUUUCAACACGCACGACUACCACGUCGACCUUGCUUAGAGUCAUCUGUGUUCCCGGGGAUUAUGGAGUCGGGAAAGAGGAAACAACCGGAGGAUGGCAACAUUAACGUGACGACAGAGAAGGAGGUGACCGAGGAAGAGGUUGAGGAGUUCUUCGCUAUACUCCGAAGGAUACACGUUGCAGUAAAGUACUUCGAGAACAGUAACGGCCCAGGGAUGGCAGCCAAAAGAUGGAAGCCGUCGUUUGAAAGGGAAGAUUUCCAGGUCGAAGCUAACGACGUUAAAAUUGGAAAGAAGAAAAAGGAGGAGGGCGUGGAAGAGAACAAGGGUUUAGAUCUUAACGUGGGUCCUGAAACGGAAGACAGUUCCGUUUAGACGAUCAGGAACCAGUAGACACUCUAAACAUGUACGGUAGUCACAGGAAGAUGACCUUAUGGGUUAUGGUCCUUGAAUAUAGGAUGUCUUCCAUUAUCGUGAGUUGAUGUUAAUCAGUUUUAUCAGUAGUUUCUUUCUAGGACCUGACCCAAUUCCGUCAGACUGAGAGCUGAUCCAAUUUCAAUCCGAUUUCUUCUAGGAACUCUAUAUUGUCAGCCAUUGCGGCCUAACAUGAUUGUAUUGUCCGUCAUACUUUCAAAAAAGGUAUAAUAUUUGGUCGCUAUACA